GCAAAGGUCAAUGGAGACGGAAGGCCACGACAAGGAAGCGGCGUACGAGGCCAAGAUGGUGAAGAAGACAGUGCUGGCGCGGCAGCGGAGGAAGAUGCGCCGGAAGGAGUUGUUGGGCUCCAUGACAGCAGAGGAACGCAAGGAGUUUGUGGCUAACGAGGCGCGCGAAGAAGAAGAACGUGUGCGGCGUUUGGCAGAGGCACCUGAAAAAGGACAGCGCAUUGCUAUUGACUGCGGCUACGACGGUAUCAUGAGUAACAAGGAAGUGAGCAGUUUGUCCAAGCAGAUCAAGUUCUGCUACGGCACAAUCAAGCGCAUGGACAAUCCCUUCGCCUUGACCGUGACGGACUGCUCGGAAGGGUCGCGCAUUGCAUCCGCGUUGAAGCGCUUCAGUGCCGACAAAUGGAGCAUCAAGCUUGAACCUUCCAACGUCUCGAGCUUGUAUCCACAAUCCGACCUGGUCUUCUUAACCCCCGAUUCCUCGACAACCUUGACCAGUCUCGACUUUUCCAAAGUUUACGUCAUCGGCGGCAUUGUCGAUCGUUCCCGUGUCAAAGGCCGCUCGCUUGAAGCCGCCACGGCGCUCGGCGUGGCAACCGCGCGGCUGCCAAUCCAAGAGUACGUGCCCGAUCGCCACACGGAUCACGUGUUGAACGUCAACACGGUGGUCGAGAUUUUGGCGUCUAUUCAAGCAGGGAACGACUGGCCUACAACCUUGGCACAGUGCCUGCCCAAGGUAGAUCUCUCUCUCCUCGCCUGUGGUCCUACUCGUUGGCGUAGCGAAAGCAAGCCAGUAUGAGUCGGCGUGUGCUAAAGCGUCAAGCGAAAGAGCUCACGACAAGUGAUGAAAUCCAAGAACGGGACAACAACGACGUCGACGCGAAAGCGGACGACAUUGGCGAAGACAACGCAUGAGGCUAAGGCCCCCAGAACGCCAGCACUUGGUCCACCGAUUCUUCUUCUUUGAACGUUGUCAGGUGCACGCGAUUCUCGCGGUCGACGUCGUAGCCGUAGAUUGCUGUGGACGGCCGGCUGUUGUACUUGGAGUACAUGGAGACAGUAUAUCCACCCGUGUCAUGAAUCACAAUGUAGUCGCCGACUUGUAUCUGGG